UGCGAAUGCUUCUUGCAAUUGCCCUAGCUUCGCUGCAAUCCGAAGAGAAGCAUCGGUGAGCUAAUAGAUAAUCGAAGAUGAAGAAAUUUCCAUCAGUUCUCUUAAUCCCUUUCCUUCUCUUCACCUUCUUCAUGUUCUUCGUUCCAAUCCGCGCCACCAGUUCCAUCGUCUUCACCACUCUGGGCCGCAGCCUCUACUGUUUCGACAUCUUCGCCACGCUGAUAUCCCCCUCCUCCUCCCAAGCCGAGCUCCAGCUUACCGAUGGCGUCUCGGUCAACUACAACGGCUUCUUCCCCUCGUCCCCUUCUUCCCUUAUAUCCCUUUUCAACUUAUCCUCUUCUUCCUCACGCACAAAUAACAUUGAGGGCCUCAUCUACGUCACCGAGCGCUCCGGCUAUUCCACUAUCUACCUAGACAUCUACCCCUCCUCAUCCUCCCCAUCCAAUCGACGCGAAACCCUAGAGCUCCGCACCCGUCUCCAUUUUGCCCUUCUUCCCGAGCACGAUGGCCUACCUUCUGUCUCCAUGAAGGACCGUCCUUCCCUCUCCGGCGAUCGCCUCAUAUUCGUCUCCACUCACGAGCCCUCUCACUCGCCCAGGCAGAGUUGGGCGGCGGUGUACUCAACCCACCUUCCCACCGGCUCCACCACCCGCCUCACCCCCGAUGACAUCGCCGACUUCAGCCCCGCCGUCUCUCCCUCUGGUAGAUGGACGGCUGUCGCCUCUUCUGGGGAGCGCGGAUGGACGGGGGAAGUACAGGAACUCAAUACAGACAUCUACGUCUUUAAGACUAGCGAUGGAUCGGCAAGGACUUUGGUUGUCGAACAUGGCGGAUGGCCUUGUUGGGCGGAUGAUUCCACCAUUUACUUCCAUCGUAAGAGCUCCGAUGAAUGGUGGAGUGUCUACAGAGCAGCUCUUAGCACUCAUGGAGACGCCCCUUUGCUAAUUUCCAUUGAAAGGAUAACCCCUCCCGGUUUCCAUGCCUUCACUCCGGCUGUAAGCGCUGCUGCUCCGGGUCUUAUAGCGGUGGCGACAAGAAGAGCCAGCUCCCAAUUCCGGCAUAUUGAGCUAAUAGAUCUAAGAGAUGGAAACAUUAAUGCUUAUAUUGAGGUUACUAGAGUUAUUUCCCCUAAUGCUCACCACUUCAACCCUUUCUUCUCUCCGGAUGCUCGCAGGAUUGGCUAUCAUAGAUGCCGAGGCAGCCGGAAUGGCGGAAACCCUCCAUUGCUUCUGGAGAAUCUCAAGAGCUUAAAACCGGAGACAUUUUCACUAUUCAGAAUUGACGGGUCUUUUCCUUCCUUCUCUCCAGAUGGUCGACAGAUUGCAUAUGUGAAUCUUCCUGGUGUAUAUGUAGUUAAUUCUGAUGGCUCUAAUCCACGAGAGGUCUACAAUGGCAAUGCUUUUCCGACUGCUUGGGAUUGGAAAAGAAAAGGGGUUAUUUACACCAGCAAUGGUCCUGAGUUUGCUCAAGAAAGUACUGGAGUUGAUAUCAUUUCGAUUACUCUGAAUGAAGAUGAUGACAAAGCUGAGCCUUUAAUCAAGAAACUAACUUCAGCUGGGAAGAACAAUGCAUUCCCUUCUCCAUCACCAGAUGGCAAGUGGGUGGUUUUUCGAUCGGGACGGUCCGGAUACAAGAAUCUAUAUGUAAUGGAUGCUGUUGAAGGAGAAAGCGCAGGAAUUUACCAGCUCACAGAAGGACCUUGGAGUGACACCAUGUGUAAUUGGUCUCCUGACGGAGAAUGGAUUGCCUUUGCUUCUGACAGGGAUAACCCUGGAAGUGGGAGCUUCUCUAUCUACAUGAUUCACCCAAAUGGAACUGGAUUGAGAAAAGUUGUGCAUAGUGGGAAUGGAGGGAGGACAAACCAUCCAUGGUUUAGCCCGGACUCUGCAAGCUUGGUGUUCACAUCAGACUAUGCUGGGGUCUCAGCAGAGCCUAUCUCGAAUCCUCACCAUUACCAACCAUAUGGAGAAAUUUUCACAGUAAAGAUCGAUGGCUCUGAGAUUAAGCGUCUCACGCACAACUCUUUUGAGGAUGGUACCCCGACAUGGACACCGUUCUUCUUGGAGCCGACUGAUGUUGUUGAAUCUUUGCAAGGUGUUGCUCAUUGCCGCUUUGAUGACUGCCACUGGCUCAGCUUGCAGAACCGAAUCAAGAAUGUCUUGAAUGGAACCGGAUGCUAAGUAGUUUGGCUUUUACGUAGUUUGCCAAGGAGUUUUGAUCACUGUUGUAUACGUAUUUGUCUCUGUUGGGUUUCAGAAAGCUUCUGUACAUAAAUAAGUACAUGGUGAGUUAUAUUUUGUUGCAAAAAUAUCAGAAGAUAUAAUGAUAGAAACAUAAAAUCCUAGAUGACUUAUCUUUCU